GGGGACUCUGGCUGCCCGGUGGUUGCAGGCGCUGCCCGCUGCUGGUACGUCCGACUCCGGUCGGCCGUUCGUGGCUUGUGCGCGUGGUGGCGGGGCGAAGGGACGACCGCCGGGGAGCGCGCGGGGCCGGGAACGUGUCCUCGGUAGUCUUAGUCCCUCUCCAUGCUCCGGCCCCCGCCCCGACACUGACGGCGCCCGGCGCGCCCCGGGGGUCGUAGUGCAGCCGCGCCUGGCUCCCGGAGCGACGAGGGGCGCGAGGCGUCAAUGGAUCGCCACUCCAGCUACAUCUUCAUCUGGCUGCAGCUGGAGCUCUGCGCCAUGGCCGUGCUGCUCACUAAAGGAGAGAUCAGAUGCUACUGUGAUGCAGCUCACUGUGUGGCAACUGGUUACAUGUGUAAGUCUGAGCUUAGUGCCUGCUUCUCCAGACUUCUUGAUCCUCAGAACACCAAUUCCCCACUCACCCAUGGCUGCCUGGACUCACUUGCAAGCACAGCAGACAUCUGCCGAACCAAACAGGCCCAAAACCACUCUGGCCCCACCAUGCCCACUUUGGAAUGCUGUCACGAAGACAUGUGCAAUUACCGAGGACUGCACGACGUCCUCUCUCCUCCUAAGGGCGAAGCCUCAGGACAAGGAAACAGGUAUCAGCAUGACGGCAGCAGAAACCUCAUCACUAAGGUGCAAGAGCUGACUUCCUCCAGAGAGCUGUGGUUCCGCGCAGCCGUGAUAGCGGUUCCCAUCGCUGGCGGACUGAUCCUGGUACUGCUCAUUAUGUUAGCCUUGCGAAUGCUGCGAAGUGAGAACAAGAGACUGCAGGAUCAGCGGCAGCAGAUGCUCUCCCGUUUGCACUAUAGCUUUCACGGACACCAUUCCAAGAAGGGGCAGGUUGCAAAGUUGGACUUGGAGUGCAUGGUGCCCGUCAGUGGGCAGGAGAACUGCUGUCUGACCUGUGACAAAAUGAGGCAAGCAGAGCUCAGUAAUGAGAAGAUCCUCUCCCUUGUGCACUGGGGCAUGUACAGUGGUCAUGGGAAGCUGGAAUUCGUAUGACAGUCGUGCCUGAACUGCAAACGGAACCCUUGAAGGCCUUCUGAGUUCUGCUGACAGGAGCACUUUUAUCUGGAGACAACACUUCGUCAUCUUGGAGAAACAAAAUGACCUCUGAAAAGAGAAUCGUGGGUAUUUCUUCUGAAGGAUUAUUUGCACAGACUCUACAGUCAAAUGGAUUAAUUUGCUUUAAAAUUAUAAAAAGCGAAGAGAGGACUCUGCACACUUUCCCAGGGUUCUUUGUGUCCCAGGGAGCCGCAACUGACUGAAAUAAAAACACUGUGCUCUCUGUACGUUCCUACAUCCUCAUUUAUUGUAAAGAUUUUUUAAAAUAUAUAUAUUUUUGUCCGAAAA